AUGACACUCAAGGCCCGUAUCGAAAAUGGCAUCGUCUAUUCCCCAUACCCAUCGGAACCUGUGCCGGAAAUGACGCUUUACCAGGUGGUGAAACAGUCCCUCGAGCAAUAUGGCUGCCGAACUGCUCUGGUUUGGGACGACGAAGACAUCACUUUUGCAGAGCUCCUCAAGAUGUGUCAGCGAUAUGCCGCUGGGUUCCAGAGACAUGGAGUUAAGAAAGGCGAGAAGGUCCUGGUGCAUUUGGACAAUUCCCUGGAAAACAUGAUCGCCAUGUACAGCGUCAUUUUUGCCGGGGGAGUUGCUGCGGUAUCCGAUCCGAUCUUGUCAAACGAUGAUAUUCUUUACAGGAUUCGAGACAGCAACGCCACCCACAUUCUCACCACAGCCAGUGAAGCUAAACGAUUCAGCGACUUCCGUAACAAGAUGCACGUAAAGGGUUACUUCUCCGUGGGAACCGCCCCUGGUUUUGUUUCCGUGUCCGACUUCAAGAAACUGAACGAAGACACCUUCCAGGAACUCCCUGUGGCCGACGUCAAGAAGGAGGCCGUCGCACUGUUGUACACAUCGGGAACAACGGGUAGCCCGAAGGCCGCUGAACACACGCACUACAGCAUCGUGGCCUUUUUACCUCGUCCCGGGUGUCAUCAAGUGUCCAGCGACCACGAUGUUGUUGCUUCCUGCAUGUCUAUAACAUCGACUUUUGCGUUUCGGUUUUACCUGCGAGGCAUCACCUCUGGAGCGAAGACUGUCCUUUUAUCGAAAUCUACGGACGCAGACAAAAUGGUAGAUGCACUUAGGAAAUACAAGGUGACUACGAUGUUCGGGGGUCUACAUUGGAUUGUGCUGCUUGCCAAGGCGAUUGAGAAGCGGGGAAUUCAGCUGGAUAGUCUAACGACUGUUUUUCUGUGUGGAGCAAAGGCCACGCCCCAAAUUUUGAGGAAAAUCGAACGGUCGUUUGAUCUGGCCAUCGUCAAAGACACUUACGGAGCUACGGAAAUCGGACAGAUAUGCACACCCCCUUUGGGCGCGACCAGUUGGUACGGCAUUGGGUUCCCGUCCCCAAUGGUACAUGUUAAGGUUGUUGAUGUGAAGAGUGGAAACGUACUUGGACCAAACGAACAAGGAGAAGUGCUAGUGAAGACGCCAUGUUCCAUGAAGGGCUAUUACGGACACCCGGAAGCUACAUCGCAGAAAAUUACUCCCGAUGGUUGGGUACGAACAGGUGACAUCUGCUAUUACAACGAAGUCGGUCAGUUCUUCUACGUUGAAAGAAUGAGCCAGUUCUUUCGAUGCAUGGGCAUCUCAGUGGCGCCCUGCUCCAUUGAAAGCGUGUUGCUCAGCCACGACGGAAUCGAAGAGGCAGUGGUCAUUGGUGUCCCUCACGCACGAUACCAGGAAGCGGCCAUGGCGUAUGUUGUGUUGAAGAAACCUUGUAACAAAAUCACCGAGGCAGAGCUCCAAAACUUCGUUGCAGGCCAACUUGGAACCUACAUGCACCUUCAUGGAGGCGUGGAAUUCGUUGACGUGAUACCAAAGAACGCCAGCGGUAAAGUAAUGAGAAAAAAACUGCAGAUGCUUCAUCAAGACGGCUAAUAUCACUGUCUGUGUUCUACAAUGAAGCAAGGCCUCGGUCGGUUUUGAUUAAAAAAAUAUGAAACACGUU